AUGGAGGCGCUAGGGGCCCGGGGCGCGCUCGCCGGCUUCCUGCGGGCGCUCUGCGUCCUGGGCUGCCUGCUGGGCCGCGCCACCGCCCCGCCGUCUCCCGUCAUCAAAUUCCCCGGCGAUGUCGCCCCCAAAACGGACAAAGAGCUGGCGGUGCAAUACCUGAACACCUUCUACGGCUGUCCCAAGGACAGUUGCAACCUGUUCGUGCUGAAGGACACCCUCAAGAAGAUGCAGAAGUUCUUCGGGCUGCCCCAGACAGGUGAACUGGACCAGAGCACCAUCGAGACCAUGCGGAAGCCGCGCUGCGGCAACCCGGAUGUGGCCAACUAUAACUUCUUCCCCCGCAAGCCCAAGUGGGACAAGAAUCAGAUCACAUACAGGAUCAUCGGCUACACGCCUGACCUCGACCCAGAAACAGUGGAUGAUGCCUUCGCGCGCGCCUUCCAAGUCUGGAGUAACGUGACCCCGCUGCGGUUUUCUCGAAUCCACGAUGGAGAAGCUGACAUCAUGAUCAACUUUGGCCGCUGGGAGCAUGGAGACGGAUACCCGUUUGACGGCAAGGACGGGCUCCUGGCUCAUGCCUUUGCUCCGGGCACUGGUGUUGGGGGAGAUUCCCACUUUGAUGACGAUGAGCUGUGGACCCUGGGAGAAGGUCAAGUGGUCCGUGUGAAGUAUGGCAAUGCGGAUGGGGAGUACUGCAAGUUCCCCUUCCUGUUCAAUGGCAAGGAGUACACCAGCUGCACAGACACCGGUCGCAGCGAUGGCUUCCUCUGGUGCUCCACCACCUACAACUUUGAGAAGGAUGGCAAGUACGGCUUCUGCCCCCAUGAAGCCCUGUUCACCAUGGGUGGCAACGCCGAUGGGCAGCCCUGCAAGUUCCCGUUCCGCUUCCAAGGCACAUCCUACAGCAGCUGCACCACGGAAGGCCGCACCGACGGCUACCGCUGGUGCGGCACCACCGAGGACUACGACCGCGACAAGAAGUAUGGCUUCUGCCCCGAGACUGCCAUGUCUACUAUUGGCGGGAACUCGGAAGGCGCCCCCUGUGUCUUCCCCUUCACCUUCCUGGGCAACAAGUAUGAGAGCUGUACCAGCGCCGGCCGCAGUGAUGGCAAGAUGUGGUGCGCGACCUCAACCAACUACGACGAUGACCGCAAGUGGGGCUUCUGCCCUGACCAAGGUUACAGCCUGUUCCUCGUGGCAGCCCAUGAGUUUGGCCACGCCAUGGGGCUGGAGCACUCCCAGGACCCCGGGGCCCUGAUGGCGCCCAUUUACACCUACACGAAGAACUUCCGCCUGUCACAGGACGACAUCAAGGGCAUUCAAGAGCUCUACGGGGCCUCUCCCGACGCUGGCACGGACGCUGGCACCGGCCCCACGCCUACGCUGGGACCUGUCACUCCUGAGAUCUGCACACAGGACAUCGUCUUCGAUGGCAUCGCUCAGAUCCGUGGGGAGAUCUUCUUCUUCAAGGACCGGUUCAUUUGGCGGACGGUGACACCGGGUGACAAGCCCAUGGGACCCCUGCUGGUGGCCACCUUCUGGCCUGAGCUCCCGGAGAAGAUCGACGCUGUGUACGAGGCCCCCCAGGAGGAGAAGGCCGUGUUCUUUGCAGGCAAUGAAUACUGGGUGUAUUCAGCCAGCACCCUGGAGCGAGGGUACCCCAAGCCUCUGACCAGCCUCGGGCUGCCCCCCGAUGUCCAGCGAGUAGACGCGGCCUUCAACUGGAGCAAGAACAAGAAGACGUACAUCUUUGCUGGAGACAAGUUCUGGAGAUACAAUGAGGUGAAGAAGAAGAUGGACCCUGGCUUCCCUCGGCUCAUCGCGGAUGCCUGGAACGCCAUCCCCGAUCACCUGGAUGCUGUGGUGGACCUGCAGGGCAGCGGUCACAGCUACUUCUUCAAGGGCACUUAUUACCUGAAGCUCGAGAACCAAAGUCUGAAGAGCGUGAAGGUUGGAAGCAUCAAGACGGACUGGCUGGGCUGCUGAGCCGGGCCCGGGGGCCUGGCCGCCGCACCUGCACUUCCGUAGUUAAUCAGCCUUCUCACCCCCACCUGAUAAUCUAAGAUUCCAGAGAGCGGCUCUACCCUGUGCCCAAGGAAAGGUGCUGGCUGUUUCCCUCCCCGGUGCCCCUUCCCCUCCAAUCCCGUCAACCCUCAGAGCCACCCCCAAAGAGAUACUUUGGUCUUUACAAUGCGGCCCUGCCUUGGGCUGCCCUGGUGCUGCCACACUUGAGACUCAUCUCCCUCCACAUCCUUCGGUGGCUCACGGCACCCUCGGAGCCAACAGGGACUAUCUCAGCAGGGCACUGGUGGCCCGACAGCCUGGCAUGGGGCAGUGGGAUAAGGGCACGGCCAGGUGGCCACCCCAGACACCUGGCUUCUCACUGCUGGCUGCCUUAGAGCCUCCCCUGCGUUAGCAGUUUGCUUUGUAUGCACUUUGUUGUUUAUUUUUCCACUUGGAAACUGCAUUUCCUGACACAAGGACUCAGGUCAUCUGAAGUCACUGCACGGUGCAGCGCAGCCCGCCUAGCGAAGCUCCCUUGUUCACUCUGCCCAGUCGCUGCCUCCACUGGAUGGAGGAAAAUCCAGUCAUGGCUCCCUGCUCCGCCCUCCCCACUGUCCCUUCAACCGUUCCCCGUGGGAAAUGUCAACAGGUGUGAAUAAAGACACCAGCUG